AUGGAGUUCGGCCAGCAGAAGAUCCGUGGUCUUGCAGCGCAAGCCUACCUCAAUACCAUCCUGCGGUACUUGGGUGAGAAGUUCGGCUUGUGUGGUGCCAGCGCAGCCCAGAAGAUUCGCACAGAGGAGCUGCUGUGCGAGAUCUACGACGUGCGCAACGGCAUGAUCGACCUGGUCUACCCAUUCAAGAACGUCUGCCGCGACAAAGGGGAGUUUGACGCAAAAGCGCAGGCGGAAGAAAACAAGGAGGCUUGCUUAGGCAGGUUCUACUCCGCCUAUGACCGCCACAACAAGAGGGUCGGUUUCGCUGUGGCACGGCAUUUGGGCGUUCCCGAUGAGAAGUCACAGGCACUGUUGGUCUCUUUGAAUGGUGCUGGCGAGGUGAGCCGAGGAAAUGGCUUCCUGGCACCAUCGAAGUGA